AUGGGAAACAAACCGGGAUUACUACCCAAAUGGCUAUUUAUCUACACAAUAAUAAAGACCAUAUACAUCCUAGUUGUACACAAGGACCAUCUCAAUGUCGCUAGUUCCUGGGAUUCAGGAUCAGUCUAUGCCUAUCUCGCGUUGCUGCUAGGAAUAGCAAGGCUUCUAGCAUCUAGAAAGGCAACUAGAGUGGGGUUCUACUCCUCAAUAGCGGGAUCCUUCUUGGCAGAAGGCGUAUUUUUCAUCUAUUCUGGGCUUCGGGGCUUAUAUUCUGUUCAGAGGGUGAUUGUGGAAACAUUUCUUGUUCUGUUUACUGUUGGAUGGAUGAUAUUUCUAUAUCCAUACUAUCUUCUGGAGGAUAACGAUUCUCAGGAAAAGUUGAAGGUCAAGUAUGUAAAGCACCAAUGA